ACGUUCGUUUCUUAUCAGAAUAUACGGUAAACAUUUAAAACCAACACAAGUCGCUUCUAACGCGCAUUGCUAAAUGCGGAUUAUCGUGACUUACGAUUUCACGCCGCGUCUUGUCGUCUGCAGAGUGCAAACCUUUCGUCUUUAACGGAAAGAAAAGAAACGAAAAUAGUCCUCAACCUUCGACAACAGCCACCUUCUCUGGAAUACUUGAGAGCGCAUUGUCGAUGUUACUAAACCUCGCAGCAGAUAACCGGUUGCAACACGAGUUGAACCUGACAUUCCGGAUUUACGACAAUGUUUCGCACCACGAUGGAUGACUAUAGCGACGCAAGCUUUUCUUUAAGAAAAAAAUGUUACAUAUUAUUACUUAAUCAUAGACUAAAAAACGAAUGGAAAUUUUCAAUGAAAUGCGAGUACAUGUACUACAUCUAGCAUGUAAUUGUCUUCAAAUGCAAAUAUCUGAAUAUGAUACAUAGAUACAUAUGCAAACUCAUAUUGUUUGCGAAUAUGACUAGAAAACUGCAACAUGGGUAAGAAAUUGUUUUAUCCGUUUUAAGCAUUACAAACAGUACAGCUACUUUGGAUAUUUUAUAUACUUUUGCGUAUUAUGCGUAUUCUAAAUGCAUCUUCGCAUCUCCAAAUUUUCUCAAAUUUUUCCAAAAAACGAGAAAGAAAAACGAUACAGAAAUUCGUAGUCUACUGAUAAAUAUUUCAAUCAAUCGGAGAGGAGAACUCCCACUCCCAAACCGAAGGUAAACGACGUAGAUCUAUAUAAGUGACGCGAUUGAAAGUGUUACGGCUCUUUUUCCUCAAUUUCUGAUAAAUAUGAAGAUCACUUUGAACAGAGACGUUUCUUCCGCGUAUUUCGCGUGUAAUUCUCGUAACGAAGGUGUUAAUGCAAUUCUGUGGGUCUUUCUCAGUUCUUCCAGAAGCUUCCGUUAUCAGCUACGAGAAGAAAUCGUUGACGUCAUUCCCUUUUUCGAAAUUUGUAUUUAUUCGACGUCUUCGUCGAGAAAUUUAUACGACACGUAAGAAAGAAAAUACAACGUGUGGGUGUUAAAAGAAGGCGACACUAAAGAUUUAUGGUAGUGGGGCGAGGUACUGCACACGUCUGCACACAUUGUUAUUACACGGAGCUUUAUUUAAGGAAGUGAGAGACUUCGGGGCAGUAUAUGAUAAAACACGUACAGGUUUCCGCUGCAGAGCUCUUCAAGCGACGAACUGCUGCUCAGUCUCGCUGACGGGUCAAUAAAAUCUCUCAGCUCCUAUCAUUCUUCGGGGACCUUCGUAAAAAGAAAGCUAAAAGAAAUUCUAAAUGCUAAUACGAAGGUCCGAAGCUUCCCUUACGAUGUAAGAAUCCUUCGAUAAUUCACAGAACACGAAAAUUACGAAUAUUAAAAAAAGCUAUGAAAAUACUAUCAUUAUUGAGCGCUCAAAGUAGAAUCCUUGGAAAGAAAGGGGUCCUACAGUAAAAAAAAAAAGAAAGGAAAAAAGAAAAACCGACGUUUUUCACAUGAAAUUAAAAAUUCCGAUGGAAGAUACUAUUUUUCCAAUCAGCAUGAUACCUCCAAUACGUCAUCCAACUAUCGGCAUUGUUUUCACAACUGUUCACCACGGUAUAUAAUUGACGAAUCGCGAAAACGUCCAUCAAUGCAGGUCGCUCCAUCGACGAUGAAGAUAUUCGUCGCCUGUUUCGUCAUCUGGACGUUGAUAAACCGAGAAAUCGUACUCGCGAGCAGUGUCGAAGCACAGAAUCAGGAAAAUGAUGGCCAAGUAGAGAACGUGAAGUACAUACUGCCGACUACGUUGGACGGUUUUUCGCACGAGAGCGAUGGAAAGACAGGGGAACGAGUCGAGGCAGAGUCGUCAUCGAACAGAGAGACAUUCGCGUCGAGUUUCUCCUCUUCGUCCGCGCGAACAUCGUCGAAAAACGCGGCGUCAUCGGCAGCGCUUUUGUCGGCGUUGAAUGAGAAACUCGACAUCGGCGAAGAGAAAGCGUCGUCAAAAUUAAGAAGUGAACCUUCCAGCGAAGUUCUGAUCGCCGAUGGAUCGCUUUCCAAGGAGAAAUCUAUCGGAGCUGAGAUCAGCGAGGAAUCGAGUUCUAAAGUCGAAUCAAAUUGGGAGAGCGUCGAGGAGGAAUCGAACAGCGACGAACAGAAUCGAAUUGUUAAGACGUACGUGAAGAAAGGACCGGUUAAGACCUGGAGCUGGAGCAGCGUGGACAAUGAGUCGCAGAGUUCCUCCAGCGAGGAAAUUGAGCUUCUUAAAGAAGAGAAGUCGAAGGCGGAAGCUAGGGUCAAGUUGGAAGUGGAGGCACGAGCGAAGGCCGAGGCGGAGGCAGCGGAAGCUCGAAAGUUGUUGAAGUCCCAAUUGAAUGCUCUGAAACAGGCGCAAGCUAAAGCUCAGGCAGAAGCAGAGGCUCGAGCACAGGCAGAAGCAUUGGCCGCGUCGGAAUCCAAGGCUUUGGCUUCCGCUCGAGCAAUAGCUAAGGCCAGUACCGAGGAAGCUGCACAGGCACAGGCGCAGGCGAAGGCGGAGCAACAAGCUCGUUCCGUACUGCAGACCAAACUCAUUUCCAUCCUCGACACGCGUACUCAUACCAACGUCGAAGAGGAAAUCGUAAUCACGGAAGAACUGAAGGAAAAGGCGAAGACCUCGGUGGAAGCUUCUAUAGCCGCGAGCGUGGCUGCCAGAGAAGCUGCUAAAUCCAUCAGGAUCGCGGCUAUGUCUCGAACGAACGCCGCCCUUAAGGCUUUGUCGGCUCAGAAGGCCACCGUUAUCCAGGCAGUCGCUUCCGCUAACGCUAGAGCCGCGGCUAGCGCUUUGAGCGCCGCCCUCGAACAGGCUAUAGUUUCUUCGAAAGCUGCGGCUUCUUUGCAAACGGAAGCUUACGCCAUAGCUCGUAAAGUCGUACAGGCAGCUAUGGCUGAAGGUGCUGCCCUGGACUAUGCGAAAUACAGAGCUGAAAUACGCGAGAAAGCGAUCGCGAAGGCGAAAGCCUCCGCGGAAGCGGCUGCCACCGCGGCUGCCGCUGCAGCUGCUGCUUCUAAUCAAUUGGCAAGUUCACAGGCGAAUAAUCUGAAUGCUGCUAGCAAACUGGCUGCCGCCCAAGCAACUGCGGUCUCUAGAGCGGAAACCGCGUUAUUGGAAGUGAAUGCAGCGGCCAAGGAGGAGGCGGCCGCCAUGGCGAGAGCAGAUGUUGAAAGUGCUGCUCUUGAAGCUGCAACCGCGGCUCAGGCGAGUGCGCUUCAAGGUGUAAGGGACGGAAUUGUAAUAGGAUUGGGUUCGUCCGCUACCAAGCUUAACGAGCAACAGGCGGUAGCAUUGUGGGAUGCAACCGCCGAAGAUGGGAAGAACGUAGAGAUAACAGAGAUAUCAGACAGGCGAGCCAUUAUUUUCACAAUUGUCCGCGGUGCUAUAAAUCCGUCCAUCCUUGCACACCCGGUAUCAAUCCGCGAAGCGUCGUCGAACAUGAAGAUUCCAGCACUGCUCGUAACGUGCCUCUACCUUUGGGGCUUCGCGUCCGCCAGCUCGAGCUCACCGCUGCUCGAGAUCGUGCAGGGUAGCGCGUCGGCCACCGCAUCCACCGCUGUGACCGCUAGAUCCGGACUUCGUGCCGGUCAGGUAGCCCUGGCCUCGCAGAAGGAUGCCACACUUCAGGCAGAUGCCUCAGCGGCCGCCGCAGCCGCUGCACGCGCUUCCGCCGACCAGUCGGCCAGUCUAGCCCAAGAGUCGGCGUCUUUGCAGUCCAAAGCUGCCGCCAGAGCAAAAUCAGCCGAGGAGUCAGCGGCAGCUACGGCCAAAGCCGAGUUGCAGGCAGAAUCCACUGCUGCAUCGGCCAGUUCCGCUGCCAGAGAGGCUGCAGCGUCCGCGAAAGCCUCCGCAUCCGCGAUGUCAUCGGCUGCCGUGCAGGCGAAGCUCGCCGAAAAGACGGCCAAGAAUCAAGCUCUGGCUUCCGAAGAAGCCAAACUCAAGGCGGCCGCCGCUGCCAGCGCAGCAGCAGCAGCCAGCGCCGCCGCCGAGAUAGCCCUGAAAGCUGAGAAACUAGCGGAAGAAGCCAUCGCCAAGGCAGCCGCUGCCAAAGCAGCCGCCAGAGCCGCUGCAGCCGCGUUAAACUCCGCGAAGGAAGCCGCCACGAGCAGCGCAAGGAGCGCCGCCGAAGCCGAAGCUAGGAGCGAAGUCGCCCUACUGAUCAGCGAACUCGACAAGAAGAGCAGGGAAAUCUCCGCUUCCACGUCGGCCAAGGCACGCGCUGCUGCCGCGGCUAGCUCCAGAAACGUAGAAACGGCUGUUAUCGGAGCUAACAUCAAUGUAGCCAAAGAGAUCGUGGCGGUUCCCAUCGAGCCAGCGAAAGUUCCGGAGCCAGAGCUGGCGUUGAAAGAAGAGAAUGCCGCGAUCGCGAGCUCAGAGAGUGAUGUGACGUAUGCAGCUCCAGCACGGAACAUCCUCUCCUCCAGUAACCCGUUGAAACAAUAUUUUAGGGUGGCGUCAGAACAGACGCGAAUUUCAUGCAAAACACCUGCUGUUUUUACAAUUGUCCGGACGUCAGUAUAUAACCGCGAAUGCUGUCCGGAAUUGGCAUCAAUCAGCGAAGCUGCGUCGAACAUGAAGAUCCCAGCAAUACUGGUUACGUCUCUGCUGGUCUGGGGUGGUCUGGCCGAGGGCCACGUGGUGAAGCGCGACAAGGAGGUCAAGGCACCCGCGGCCUUACCGGAACUACUCGGCGAUGGGUCUGACGCGCUCGGUGCCUCGAUGGAGAACGGGAUCAAAGUCGCCAGAGCAUCGCAGAAUGUGGGUCUGAGCAUGGAGUUGAACGCAGCCGCGCGGGCUGCAGCCGCUGCUGCGACCAAACAGGCCAAAGAUACAGAAGCCGCGGAAGCUGGAGCGGGCGCUGCGAUUGCCAUCGCUAUCGCCAAGCGUGAAGAAGCUAUCAAAGCGAGCGAAUUAGCCAGCAAGUUGUUGACAGCCGCGGCUGGGUCCAGCGAAGCCGCCGUGUCAGCGACGGAGAGAGCGGCGCAAUUGACGGCCGCAGCUAGUGCAGCUGCCAAAGCUUCUGCAUCCGCCUCUGAGGCUUCUGCUGAGGCCCAGGUGAAGGCCAACGCCGAAGCAAACAUCGCCAAGAAAGCUUCGGCAGCUGAAGCGAAAGCCGCAGCGGAAGCCCUGCUUAAGGCGGAACUCGCCAAGAAAGCGGCCGCCGGUUUCUUAGCUAAGGCUAGAUUAGCGGCCAGCGCCGAAUCCGAGGCCACUAAACUCGCAGCCGAAGCGGAAGUAGCACUGGCCAAGGCUAGAGUCGCCGUUGACCAGUCGCAGAGCGCUCAGGCAACCGCCACUGCUCAAGCUGCCACGGCCGUUCAGCUGCAAUCUCAAGCAGCUAACGCGGAAGCCUCCGCUGUAGCACAGGCUGAAACUCUGCUGGUCACGGCGGAAGCCGUCUCUGCCGCGGAAGCCGAAGCCGCGACCAAAGCUACCGGUUGGGCGAAGAAAGUCGUCAACGAGAAAAAGAUACAUUUAGCGAAGAAACUAUUUGUACAACUGCAACCCCCGGUAUAUAACUGGCGCGUGCCGGAAGAAUCGGCAUCAAUCGGCAAAGUUCCGUCGACCAUGCAGAUCCCAGCGAUUUUCGUCACGUGCCUGCUCACAUGGGGCCUGGUGCACGCAAGUAUCCUGGAACUCGGUCCCCCCAAGCAGGAGUCUGUCAUCGUGGAGCAGCUCCUACUGAAGAACGUGGACACUAGCGCGAAGCGAAAGGAGAACGGCGCCCCGAAACUCGGCGAGAGCAUAGCUGCGGCUCUGGCUAGUACCAAGGCAACUGCAGCCGCAGAGGCUAAGGCAUCCGCCAAAGUGAAAGCUUCUGCCUUGGCCCUCGCUGAGGCUUUCUUGCGUGCGUCGGCAGUGUCUGCUGCUGCUACGGCCAAAGCUGCUGCCGCUGUAAAAGAAGCAACGCAGGCACAGCUGCUGGCACAGGAGAAGGCUUUGAUAGCGUUGAAAAUUCAAGCUGAGCAACAAGCUGCCUCUGCUCGCGCGGACGCCGCGGCUGCCGCAACCGCAUCCGCGCUAGAACGCGCCCAGGCCUCCUCCAGAGCGGCCACGACCGCUCAAGACGCCUCCAGCGAUCUGGAGAAACGUGUCGCCACCUCAGCCGCCGCCGAAGCAGGUGCCACCCUCAGAGCGGAACAAUCCGCCGCGCAAUCGAAAUGGUCCGCCGCAUUGGCCGCCCAAACCGCCGCUGCUGCAGCCGCUGUGGAAACAAAGGCCACCGCUUCCUCGGAAAGCACCGCUGCCGCUACUAGUAAGGCCUCCGUGUUGGCCGCUGACGCUGGCAGCGCAGAAGCUACCGCUGCAGCGGAGGCACAAUCCGCUUCGCGGAUCGCAGGUACAGCAGCCACCGAGGGAUCCGCCAACUGGGCUAGCGAGAACUCGCAAACCGCACAACUGGAAGCUUCCGCCGCAGCGAAGGCCACCGCAGCCGCAGCUGUCGGAGAUGGAGCUAUUCUAGGACUUGGACGGGACGCUGGUGCCGCGGCUCAGUCAGUCGCUGAAGCUAAAGCCUUAGCUGAAGCUAGUGCCAGCUUAGAUGCUUUAGAGAAGGACAAGAAUUGAAGGGAUAUCUGAAGGGGACAAGAGGAAGUCUUUCUUAGACGAUUUUGAGAAAUUUCUGAUUGAACACGAUAGAAAAUUAUUUGAAUAUGAUUAGAGAACGACAGACGGAGUCGAUAAAAACUAAGAGUAACAUUGUCGAAGU